AUGAACGGUGUUAUCUGGAGCAAGAUGCAAAAGACUUUUGUGCCGAUUUCUAGUGUACCAAUGUAUGCGAUGUUACAACAAGAACGUCACAGACAGAGUCGAGCACUUGAGACUUACAAUUUUCAAAUGCAGAAUUUGACCGUAACAUCUUUUAAGGAACAGUAUUAUUUUGAUUUUUACGAUAAUAAUACAAAAGUUACAGGACUUUGCGGUGAAAUGUGGAAUCUUCUUUCCAAAUUGUUAAACUUUACAUUGCAACCCAUGAGAGUAAACGUAGACGGCAUGGGCGUUCAAGACGAAAAUGGAACUUAUAAAGAUGGAUUAUUAGGUAUUAUUUCCCGUAAUGAAACUAUUGCAAUACCAAGGGUUGAUAUGUUUGCCGAACGAAUUAUUGCUCUUGAUUUUACAUUACCUUUUGGAAUAAACAGAAAUAUGAAUAUUCUUGCUAUAUGGAAUAAAGAUAAAUAUAAAAAUACAUCUUUCAACGAACAUUUAUUUUAUAACUUCGGAAAUCUCUGCAAUCAAACAUUUGGUGCUGUAUUAUUUAUUUACAUAAAAAAGAAUGUUUAUGUACCACCAUUCAAUAGUUUCACUUCUUUAUUAACUAAUACUAAAUACAGCGUUAUCAGUCUGAAAAGUUCCACUGGAGCUAUGACAUUUAAGGCACACUCUGAUCCGCGAAUUAUACAAGCAAGAGAGGCAAAGCGCUUGAUCAUAAUAUCAAAUAUUGAGAAAAUGGAACAAUUAGCAUGUUUUUCGAAAAAAAAGAAAUAUGCGAUAUAUCAAGGAGAAGAUUAUUAUAAAAAGAGAAAACAUGCUGCGUGUAAUUUAAUGCCGACUGGAAAACCUUUAGUAAAAAUAUGGGCAGCUUCCGGCAUCGUAAAAAAUUUUAAAUACAAAAGAACCGUGGAUCUUGGGAUCCUCAAGUUAAGAGAAGUUGGACUAAUAGAUGUGUUAAAGAAUCGUUGGUUGGAACAAGGAAGUGAUGAACAUAAUUGUAAUGACAAUAUACCACAACCAAUUGAGCUAUAUCAAGUUUCUUUAGUAAUUGCAGUGUUGUGCUGUGGAAUCAUAAUUGCUUUUAUUAUCUUUAUAAUUGAAAAAAUCGUGUUUGUUUAUAAAAUCAAGCAAUUAUGA